AUGGCAUUGUAUGUUGUGGUGGAGAACUCAAACCAAACACUUGUAAAAAAAUUCAUCCUUCUCGGACUCUCUGACAUCUAUGGUCUGCAAGUUGUCUUCUCUUUGCUGCUGUUGAUAAUGUAUGUGGUGACAUUAUCAGGAAAUUGUUUACUGAUUAUCAUAGUGAGGUUUAACCCACAAAUCCAGACUCCUAUGUACUUUUUCCUGGCCAAUCUUGCCAUUAUUGACAUUUGCUAUUCCACAACUGUGGUGCCCAAAAUGUUGGUAAACACCCUUUCACAAGACAGGAGCAUUUCCUUUUGGGGAUGUGCAAUCCAGUUGUACUUCCAUUCAGCUCUAGCAGCUGCAGAAUGUAUCGUCUUGGCUAUUAUGGCUUUUGACAGAUACAAUGCCAUCUGUAAACCACUACAGUACAAUAUGAUCAUGGACCAAAAAACGUGCCUUUAUCUUACUGCUGGAGGGUGGUCUGUGAGUAUUGCGGUCCCUGUUAUUCUUACCGUGUAUGCCUUUCAGUUACCUUACUGCAAAUCCAACAAGAUAGACCAUUUUUUCUGUGAGAUGCCACCAUUACUUCAUUUGGCCUGUGCAGAUAUUUGGUUCAGUGAGGUCUUAGAGUAUGUUGCAGUUGCAGCAAUUGUUGGAGUCUCCUUUGUGCUCAUCCUUGCAUCUUAUCUCUUCAUCACUUUGACUAUCCUAAAUAUAAAGUCCACCCAAAAAAGACAGAAAGCUUUCUCUACUUGUGCCUCCCACCUUGCUGUGGUCUCCCUCUUCUACGGAACGGUACUGUUUAUGCACUUACGUCCUCCUUCCAGUUACUCCCCAGAACAGGACAGAGUUGUGUCCAUCCUAUAUACAGUAGUGACACCAGUGCUGAAUCCCAUCAUCUACAGUGUGCGCAAUAAGGAAAUCAAAGCAGCUUUAAGAAAAACAACGGCAGUUACACUACGUUACUAA